AAAGGGAAGGUCUGGGGUGCAGGGCCCUAGGGCCCUGACUGAGAGUGGUCCCACCCCAGCGGUCCUACCCCAGCGGGCAGGAGGGCGGAGCGAGUGCAGUGGGCGGUGUCCCCUCCCAGUUUCCUCCCCCUGGGGCAGCCCAGGCGACUCAGUCUCAGCUGGGUGUGUGUUGGCAUCAGUAGCAUGAGGCCAGGGGCCAGGAGCCGGAGGGACGGGGACGGGCUGGCCUCCACCCCGUGCGUCCAGGCCAAGUGCUUUGACCCGCUGGUCCGCGACUGCGUGGCCUGCAAUCUCCUCCGGACGCCGGAUCCGAGACCCGCGGGGUUGAGCAGCCUGGCGCCGGGGACGGCUCUGCAGCCGCAGGAGUCGGUGAGCGCGGGGGCCGGCGCCGGAGCAGAGACCGCGCUGCAGCUCCCCGCGCUACUUCUCGGCGCCCCGGCGCUGCUGGGCCUGGCGCUGGCCCUGGUCCUGGUGGCCCUGGUGAGCUGGAGGAGGCGACAGAGGCGGCUCAGCUCGCCGGGUCUCCCGGAGGCCAGCGACAUAGAGCAGGACGAGCCCCCGAACUGUGUCACCAUCCUCUCCUCUGGACCCCUUGAUGCCACGGCUCCCAUCUGGCCUUCACCCAGAGAAGACCCAGCCACCACCCCACCUGCCCACAGCGUCCCUGUGCCAGCCACAGAGCUAGGCUCCACUGAGCUGGUCACCACCAAGACAGCCGGCCCUGAACAGUAGCAGCAACGAAAGGGGCAAGAGGUGGCCUCUGCCCUCUGUGGACUGCGAGCCAGGGAUUUGGAGGUUGAAUUUGGCUCUUCACCCCACCUGCCCCUUUUCUGGGAGCCAGGCUGCUCCCCAACAAACCCUGCAAACCACAGACACUGCAGACCAGUGUUCAGCCGGCACGGUGUCCUAUGGCAGGUCAGGGUUUGGCUUAUAAAACCCUACCACCUUUGGGAGCCCUUGAAGAUUGUGACUGAGCUCCUGUUUUUGAGUAGUUGGGGCACUUUGAGUAGGAGGCUUCUCUUUUAGAGUGGGGAAGCCGCCAUUAAGCCAAAAUGAAUCUAGGAAAAGAACCCAGUGGGAGGAUGCCUAAUUUGUAGUUAGGUGUUGUAUUUCUUUAUACUUGCUCUCAAGAGCUGCCCUGCUGGGUGGCUCAGUUGGUUAGAACACAGUGCUCAUAACACCAAGGUCGCCGGUUCGAUUCCCACAUGGGCCAGUGAGCUGCGCCCUCCACAACUAGAGUGAAAACAGUGACAUGGAGCUGAUGGGUCCUGGAAAAACACACUGUUCUCCAAUAAAAAAAAGAAAUAGCCUGAAUUAUGCUGAUUCUCAGGUGUCUGUACCCCAAUGUCAACCCUGAGCUUGGCCCAAUCUACAAGGAUCCACGAUGCCAUUUUCACCCUGAUGGCAGCUUCCAGAACCCAAGGCUUGCACUUGGGGGGAAGUCUACAGUCUCUGGGGCUGGACUGCAAGCUCACGCUGAAGGCACACGGGCAGGCAUCAGAGACCAGCUGGGGUCCCAGCUGCCUCCAGGGCACAUUCAGCCAUUCACGGGGCAGGGCUCAGGACUUGUAGGACCUGGCCUCCUUCAUACAGAGGCCAGGGCAGACCUGGGGCCUGAUGUCCCUUGAGCUCCCUUCUCUUUGUGGCCUGCCCUCCUCAAGCACUAGGACUGGGCAUUGCAGUCACUUGGCCAUUCUGUGCCAACCCCUAGAGUCACCCACCAUCCCAGUGGAACUGCUCCUCUGACAGUGGUGCCGCUUGCUCUGGGACUGGGGCCGAGACUGUCUCUUCCAGUUUGGGACCACACUGUACACUUGAUCGGCUGCUGCCUCGUAUGCCAGCCCUCCUACACAGGGCUCGAACCUCCUGACCCCAGAGUCCAUCCUGGAACUGGAACUGGAACUUGUCACACACAACACAACGCCCUUGGAACUGGAACUUGUUGCAGCUCAACGCCCUUGGAAAGAUCACUGGACUGGGAGUCAGAAGAUGGUAUUCUGGGUACCAUUUUGUCCCACUGUAGGACUUUGGCCACAUUCUGUUCCAUUCAUCAAAUGUGUUCUGCUCACUUCUCCCUGACGUGCCAUCAGAGUUGCCUGGCACACACCUGCCCUUUCUGCCCACCUCUUACCCACCGCAAAAGAUAGUUAGUUAGCGGGCCUGGCCCGGUGGCUCAGGUGGUUGGAGCGUCAUGCUCCUAAUGCGUAGGUCACCGCUUCGAUUUCCACAUGGGCCAGUGAAUUGCGCCCUCUACAGCUAAGAUUGUGAACAAUGGCUCUCCCUGGAGCUGGGCUGCCGUGAGCAGCCAGAGGUUGGCGUGGGUUGUUGUGGGCUGCUGUGUACUGCCGUGGGCUGCUGUGGGCUGCUGCGGGUACUGUGUGUUGCCAGGAGCAGCCGGUGGCCAGCGUGAGUGGCCAGAAGCCAUCGUGAGCGGCCAGCAGCUGGCGACAGCUGCCGUGAGCAGCCAACCAACGACUGGUGACUGACCACCUCAGCCGGGGGAGCGCAAGGGCCAGGGACUGACCACCUCAGCUGGGGGAGCGCAAGGGCCAGGGAGGGCCCUCAUAAUACCAGCAUGGGCCAGGGAGCUGUGUCCUA